GUGUGUGUGUGAGAUUCUGAGAGCAGACCCUCAGGAGCCAGACUGAAGAGCUGGACUCACAUCUGCUCUGAGGAUUUACAGCUUUCUACACAUUUCUACACAUUUCUAAACAUUUCUACAGCUUUAGGAGCUGCAGAGCUUUUACUUCAGACUGUAAAGGAGAAGAUCAUAUCUAUCAUAUCCAGGAGAAAGAGGAAAGGAUGCUUUGUGUACGCAGUUCUGGUGACUGCUUCCGGGACCAGAUGUGCUACAUGAUGCGCUCGCUGCAGGACCUGAAGCAGAUACGGGAGCCCGCCGAUCCCCCCUGCCGCUCGUACGCCGUGACCCGAGCCUGCCUCCGCCGCGAGCAGCAGCGGCGUGAGCACCUGAGCCGCCAGCAGAUCGCCCAGUCCAGCGACGCCGGCACCUACGACUCGGCCUGCUGCCUGGCGAGUCCUCUGGAGGAAGAGGAGGACGAGGAGGAGGAAGAGGACGGCGUCGGCCAUCUUCCCCGCGGAUCUCCCUGCAGCGUGAAGAGCCUGGACUUCGAUUCGGGGUAUUCGGAAGCGUCGUGGCAGGACGAGGGCGUGGUGCUGCGCAGGACCAGGAACGUCCGGGUCUCGUCCUCCGCCUGCGUCCGCACCAACCGCGCCCGCGUCCGCCCCAAGUCCACAUCAGACGCCUGCCUGGAGCGAUGGACUUCCUUUGAAGCCAGCGAACCAGAAGACUGGACCACGUCCCUGCUCACCAGGGGACGCAACCGGCAACCUCUGGUUCUGGGGGACAACAGCUUCGCAGACCUCAUCAAAAACUGGAUGGACCUUCCAGAGUGUCCAGAUUCCACCGAGUUCAAGCCCAACCACAGUCGCAAACUCGCCAAAGACUUCCUGGUGAACAUGAGGCGUAAAAUCGCCGGCAUGUCGAAGGGAACGGAGGGACGGGGGAAGGUGGUGGAGCCCUGCUCAAAGCGAAUGUCCUGUCCUGUAGGGUUUCAGACUCCAAAGCCCUUCUUCCACCAAUCACACACCGGCCUGCACCAGCUGGAGACGGACUUCUACCAGUUCAGUGCUCUGAUGAAGACGGGGAGCCGACAGCCCAUAAUAUGCAAUGACAUCAUUGGAUACAUCUAAAGAACUCUCGAUAUGCAAAGACUGGAUAUUUAAUUGUUAAUUUACAGUAAUAUUUUUAUAUCAUAUAAACUUAUGUGUAAAUAAGCUUCGGUCGGUGAAAUAAAAGCAUUUGGAAAAAGUUUGCAAA